AUGGCGUCGACCAAGUCACUACUGCGUCUAGCCAGCAGGCGGUCUCUCAGCGCAGCUCCCAAGUCCACGAGAUGCGCCCAAGGUGUCGCCCUGUUCCAUAAUUCACCUCCCCAAGGAGCCAAGCAGGAAAAGGACCUCAGGACUGCUCCUGCAGAUCUUCUAUCAGAGCUUCGCAAGGCCCCUCGACCGCCUCAAGGCAAAUUAUCCGCACCCAUUGUCAAUGACGCCGACAAGUUCUCAGAGCAUGCCCUUCCCCUUCACCAAUAUGGCCAAUACCUCAUGUCCGCCCUUCCCAAGCACGUCCAACAGUUCUCCGUCUGGAAGGACGAGCUGUGCAUCUACAUCACCCCGACUGGCGUGAUCCCUGUCUUCACUUUCUUAAAAUACCACACGGCUGCCGAAUACACCAUGGUAGCAGACAUCACGGCUGUUGACUUCCCCACUAAGAACUACCGUUUCGAGGUCGUGUACAAUCUCCUCAGUGUUCGGCACAACUCCCGAAUAAGAGUCAAGACAUACGCCGACGAAGCAUCUCCCGUGCCUUCCAUCACAUCUCUCUACGACGGGGCCAACUGGUAUGAGCGGGAGGUCUACGACAUGUUUGGCAUCUUUUUCACUGGGCACCCGGAUCUACGCAGGAUUAUGACCGACUAUGGUUUCGACGGCCAUCCAUUACGGAAGGAUUUCCCGUUGACUGGGUAUACGGAGAUCAGAUACGACGAGGAAAAGAAACGAAUUGUCGUCGAACCUCUUGAGCUGACGCAGGCAUUCCGGAAUUUUGAAGGUGGCAGCAGUUCCUGGGAACAAGUUGGCGUCGGCGUUGAUCGAAAACCAGACCAAUUCAAGCUGCCCACUCCCAAGCCCGAGGAGAAGAAAGAGGAGAAGAAGUAG